CCGGGACAGGAGCAUCUCAGAGUGUCAUUGGAAAGGUGACUGGUGUGUGGAGAUACUGUCACUCUCAAUGACAGUGUAUGCUGCUCCCUGGCUGCUGCAAACAUCAACAUGGAUUUAGUACAAGGAGACUGGAUAGUGUGUGAUGUAGAUGGUAAAUCCUGUGUAACUGGUGAGUCCAGGGAAGCACAUGGCACCAUCCAGGUGUCUUCUUUCAAGCCAUUGAGAAAGAAGAGAGUGAGGGGAGAGGUCACUCAUUCUUACCAGACACACUUCAUUGUCAAUGAUGAGAUUUUCUGCAGCAGGGGCAUAAAAGGAGCCUUUUCUGCCAAAACUGGGGAUGCCUUGACUGUGGAGGUGAUAGAGAGCCAGCAGGGAAGCUUCUGGUGGCGAGCUGUUACUGUUUCUUCCGCUGCCACUCCUCCCUCCACACAGGACCCAGGAAGUGCUGUGUCCAUGGUAGGGCUGAACACUCUGCCAGCUUUUGAUGUGGGAAGAGACAAAAUGCAGGAAAUGAUUGAAAAUAAAGGAGACAUUCUAAUAACACAAACAAUAAGCUUCCCUCAAGUGACAUUUGGAGCACCAGCUUUCACAGAUGUGUCCAUUGAGAACACAGGGCCAAGACCAAGAGCCUUAGAGAGAGUGUACUUUGUGUCUCCAUCUCAGGAGAGCCAAUUCAGUGUGACAUUGUGUUCAGCUGGAGGAUUGGUGGAUGGCACUGCAAGAACACUAGAGCCUGGAGCAAAGGUGGUGGUGAGGCUAUGUUGUGCUGGAACACUCAUUGGCUUGUUCAGGCAGCUCUGCAUAUUUGAAUUUGAGAGUUUUCAUGUUGGGAGGUAUGUAAGUGCAAAUGUGGAGGAUCCUGUCAUGGCCUCCCUGGCACCAACUUCUUGCCACACCCAUCAAGCACACCACCACUCAAUGAGUAGACCCAACGAGAGAGGCAUCAUCGUGGGGCAGAGGUCCUUCAAGCCCUCACCUUUCAUACCAGUGAAGCUUCCAGCCGUGCGUAUCCCUGAAAGUCUGUGGCAGGAAGUGAACAGGGGAGAUCUUUUCCAUGUGGCAGCAGAGCUCAGAGAACCCCUCAAUGCAGACAACCACAAGAAGAAGUUUUCUCUUUUACUGCAUUUAGAAGAGAUAAAAAUGACACAGGAAAUGAGAGAGUUUGAUAUGGCAAGAGCAAGCUUCACAGUGCAUGGAGAGUUCCUGGGCCUAGCAGUGCCUGGGCUGGUAGAGAAGCGUCCCUCACUGCUGAUAGGAGACUCAGUCAUUGCCACAGAGCUGAGCAACAAUUGGGCGGUGGAGUAUGAGGGAUGCAUCCACCAGGUACUUCACACACAGGUCUAUUUAAAGUUUCACUCAUCAUUCCAUGACAAGUAUCAUGGUGAAGACUACAAGGUGAGGUUCAACUUUAACCGGACUCCUCUUCGAAGAUGUCACUUUGCCCUCACCCACACCAUGAGGCAGUUAGGCCCUGAUGUCCUCUUCCCCUUCAGACUAAAGCUUCAGCUCCCUCAGGUUUGCUACAUUGAUCCUGAAGUACAGCUAACAAAGAGGUGGAGGCAGUACCCCUCAAAAAUUCGCCAGCUGCCCUCUGUGUCUAAGGCCUCCAGCAACCCUGCAGCAGGUGUGCCCAAGUGUAACAGUGUAGCAAGUGAAGAAUCAGGAUUUGACAACAAAGACACAAUAGCUUGUAUCGGCAAACAAAGGCAUCAGCAGGAAAUGGAAGGACCAGCAUUGAGUCAGCCUAAGAAUUUUCAACAAGACUUUUCUAACUCAUCAGAGAGGAUCAGUCUGCAUCACAUAGGAAAGAAUGAUCAAAUUGUCACUUCCACCACUAAACUAAUUCCGCGUUGUUUAGAUCUGGCAGUGUACAGAAGUGCAAAUGGAGCCAAGAGAUCAGGCAGCAGAGAUGGAAAGCUGAAUGCAGAGAGCAGUGUCACUAAUGAGAAGCCUAGUGCAAAAUAUGUUAGUAAUUUGAUUUGUGAAAAUCAUUUAGAAAAUAAGAGAAAUAGCUUAUCAGUUGAAAACUCAUUACAGAUGAUGAAAGAAAAACACAUUCCCAGUGAAGUUUGUAAAAAUGAACAAUAUAAUUCCAAGGCACUUUCUGGUGAAAGGUUUGGAUGCAGUGGUACCCACACUGCACCAAGGAACAAACUUAGCUAUGUUGUACCAGUGUUGCCAUUGCCUCACUCAAAAGAAAAAACACAGAAUAUGAAGAAGGUUCCAGUCCUGAAGUGGUUUAACAAGAGUCUGAAUCGAGAGCAGAAGCUGGCAGUGCGUAGGAUCUUGGAGGGAACCACUCGGCCUCUGCCAUAUGUCAUCUUUGGUCCACCUGGUACUGGCAAGACUGUGACUGUGGUGGAGGCUGCCCUUCAGAUCCUCACUUUGAUACAUCACAGCCGGUUGUUGCUUGUGACGCCAUCCAACAGUGCAUCAGAUCUUGUGGCAGAGAGGCUGGUGGAGUCAGGACGGCUGGAGACGAGUGACAUGGUGCGCCUCAUUGCUUACCAGAGAUCAAAGGAAAGUAUCCCUGAGGUGAUUCUUCCCUACUGUUGUAAUGGGGAUGAGAUGGAGGUGCGUGUCCACCAGCGGGUUGUGGUUGCCACAGCGACAUGUACCGGAGUACUGUACAUGCAAGGCCUCCACAGGGAACACUUCACUCAUGUGCUGGUGGAUGAGGCGGGCCAGCUGACUGAGCCUGAGUGCCUGGUGCCUCUUGGGCUGGUGAAUAAAGUAACAGGACAAAUAGUUCUGGCUGGAGAUCCUGAGCAGUUGGGUCCCGUCAUACAGAGUAGGCUUGCCAGGCGAGGAGGUCUGCAGCAGUCCCUCCUGCAGCGCCUGUGUCUGAGUGUUCUUUACCAGGGUCAGGAAGGCUGCAAGUCUGGUGGAUGGGAAUACGAGCCCAGCUUGGUGACACGGCUGGUGAGGAAUUACCGCUCCCACCCUCACAUCCUGGCCGUCCCUUCUCGCCUCUUCUACAACAGUACCCUCCAGGCUUGUGCAGAUGUCAAGACACAAGAGCACUUGCUACAGUGGGAGGAGCUGCCAUGUCACUCCUGUCCAGUCCUCUUCCAUGGAGUUGUUGGGACAAACCUUCAGGAGGGAGACUCUCCUUCAUGGUUCAACCCUGCUGAGGCCUUUCAGGUUGUGAGGUAUACCAAAAGUUUGCUCUUGCAUGGUGUGGAGGAAAGAAACAUUGGAAUAAUCACACCAUACAGAAAACAGAUAGAGAAGGUCCUGAAGCUGCUGACUACCUUUGGCAUUGAGGGCGUGAAGGUGGGCUCAGUGGAGGAGUUCCAGGGGCAGGAGCGCCAGGUGGUACUCAUCUCCACCGUCAGAUCCUCCUCAGAUGGGAUAGAGGAGGAUGCAAGGUACAGCCUCGGCUUCAUUAGGUGCAACAAAAGAUUCAAUGUUGCCGUCACCAGAGCUCAAGGCUUGCUGGUAGUGGUGGGCAACCCUCUGUUGCUGAGCAUGGAUCACUCCUGGAAGGAAUUUAUCAGAUUUUGCAUUGAAAAAGAUUCUUAUCGUGGCCAUGAACUUCAGAACAUUUAAGC